CCCUCCUUUUGUGUUUGUGUGUGUGUGUACGAUGGAUCUGUUUAACUCGCUGCUAAAUUUGGUGGUGCCACCGGCAAGCCUGGUGAUGCUGGCAUUUGCAUGGCCAGCCUUGUCGUUCCUGAACACAUGUGAGUGCCUUUACAGUAGUUUCUUCAGUGAAAAUAUGGAAGAUAAAGUGGUUAUCAUCACUGGAGCUUCUUCUGGUAUAGGGGAG